CAAGGAGAUGUUUUGGGCCAGAACCUGAAACAAGGUACUAAGUAGAACUAAUUGAUACAAUGCUUGUGUUCACACCAGUACUCAUUGGAGUUCACAAGUAUGGAAGAUUCACAAAGCAAACUUUGUGAAUUCACACCUCCCUUAGGUGUGCCUCCAGAAGGAGGAGUCAACCUUUGGGAGAUGAUAUAUAAGAAGCGGACUCAGUUGGGAGUUCAGCUGAAUUUAGAUUGAGAGGGGAGCUUGUAAUGUGAGUUCAGGCAGAAGCCCUCUCUGAGUGAGGAGUUUUACUUCGGAACAUUGACUGGGGUCGGAGAGGAGCACUCUGGGAGAUUGAGAGGCAGAAGCCCUCUCUCAGAGGCAAGACAGAUUCAAUUUGGUGCUGGCUCUGGAGGCUGAAGAAAGCAGAGGCAAAAGCAAAGGACGAAGCUGCAAGAGCUCUUAGAACCAAGCAGAGAGAGAGGCCUCUAAGCUAACCGGGCUAUAUUGGAGGCAAUAAAAGAUCUGAACUUUUAUCAUCUGGCUGCGUUUUGAGGUGAUUAUUACUUUCAACUGCAACAAAAGCUGCCUCCAGAAAACCUCCCCAAGAAACCUGCUUGCUCCCAGAGGGAACCAUUAUUAUUUUAAAAAAGAAAAACACCACACAUAUAGUUAUAAAAAUAACAGCAACAUUGAGAUCAGUUUGAUUCAUAGCAGGGUUUGGGACUGUAACAUAGGUCCUGCAAUGUUUGUCUCAGCUCUGGGACCACCUGGUGCCUGGUGUGAAGCAGUUAUGGGGUUUUCCUGUGAUUGAGCCCAUGGGGAAGGUGAGGGAAAAGUCGGGGAACAGUCUGUCUGUCAGGCUUUAGCUCUGGAAAACACGAGUAAAAAGAAAUUUUAUUAAAAACAACAACAACCAAAAAAAAAAAAAAAGUUAACUCAAAACUAGAAGCAGGUUUGCCUAGAUUUACAUGUGAGAUUGCCAAGAAAGGGAAGGAGCCUAUUUGGACCACAGGUCUUCGCAUUUGGACCUGGGACUAACCGAGAGAUAAUGGAGUCUUUUUUAGGCCAUUUAACAAACAAGGAAACUCAGGCACACGAUCUUAGGAAAACAAGAACUAAGACAUAUUUGGGGCAGAAUUUGAGCUGGGGACCAGCUGCUUCCGAAGCUCUGCGUGUGGCAGCGUCCACCCAGAGCUGCUCUUUCCGUUAAGGAGGGGCGGACUCUGCUCCAGUGUAGGGCGGGCUGGGAGGAGGAGGAAGAGAGGGAGAAGGAAGCCGACUGGGUAGCGGAGGAAGAGGCGGGGGCAACAAUAGCGGCCAGGAAGAGACAGAGACUUACGGAGGGCGCCCCCCGGACUGCCACCAUGACCUCUGCGGAGCCUCGCGGCGGGGACUUCUCGGCCCCAGUAGGUGCUGUACUAAAUGUGACAGAAAUGGAUGCCUUAAUUAAAAGUGAAUUAUUUGAUCCAGCAGAAAAGUAUAAAAUGAAUUACAAGAGGAGAGGUGUAGCUUUGAUCUUCAAUCACGAGCGGUUCUUCUGGCACUUGACUUUGCCAGAUAGGCGUGGCACCAGAGCUGACAGAGAUAAUCUUAAACUAAGGCUUUCAAAUCUGGGGUUUGAAGUGAAUUGCUAUGAUGAUCUCAAAGCUGAAGAUCUGCUAAAGACCAUUCAUCAGGUGUCUACCUCUAGCCAUGUGGAUGCUGACUGCUUCUUGUGCGUAUUCCUGACUCAUGGUGAAGAAAAUCACAUCUAUGCUUAUGAUGCCAAAAUUGAUAUUCAGAAGCUCACCGCCAUGUUUAAGGGAGACAGAUGUCAGAGCUUAGUUGGGAAACCUAAGAUAUUUAUCAUUCAGGCAUGCCGGGGAGAACAGCACGAUGUCCCAGUCAUUCCUUUGGAUGUGGUUGAUUAUAAGACUGAAGAGGUGGAUGUCAAUGAAACUGAAGUAGAUGCUGCCUCAGUUUACACUCUCCCUGCUGGUGCUGACUUCCUCAUGUGCUACUCUGUUGCAGAAGGUUAUUAUUCUCACCGUGAAACAGUAAAUGGUUCCUGGUACAUUCAAGAUUUUUGUGAGAUGCUGGGAAAAUAUGGCUCCUCCUUAGAGUUUACAGAACUUCUCACACUGGUGAACAGAAAAGUUUCUCAUCGCAGAGUGGACUUCUGCAAGGACCCAAAAGCCAUUGGGAAAAAGCAGGUCCCUUGUUUUGCCUCCAUGUUGACCAAAAAGCUCUUCUUCCUUCCAAAGUCUAAUUAAGAUAUGGUCAGCCACCAUGUUUUAAACAUAUAUUUUGGAGGCAUGAUUUCUUCCUCCCCACAUCCCAUCCCCUUUCUUUUCAUACAAUUAAUGUCUUGAGAUAUGGGGCCCAGUGCCUUUUAAAUUUUUUAAUCAUAUGUCCAUUUAGGGACAGAAUCUCAUUGCUCAGCAGCACAAUUUAAAGUUGGGAAUUAUAACAGUUCCAAAAUAAUUCCAAAGUACUCAAAAUGGGUACUUUUGCUAAAUAUUCAUUUUUGAUCAUAUUUGCUAUUUACUAUGUUGGCAACAUUCUCAGGGAAAAUUCUUAGGGAAAUCUCCUUCCCAAGGGUUUAUGAAUAAUUGACUUUAAUUUCAUCCAAGCAGCUCUAAUUUGUAUUUGUGGCAUUUUUGUUUCUUUACCAACAUCUGUUUUUUAAUAGUCAUUUAAAGCUUUGUUAGAUGCUUGAGUGAAAGAUAAAAACAGCAGAUCAUUUUCCAUUAGCAUUUCAGUUUAAAAGGAAUAUUUGUAUCUUCUCUGGGACUUUUGGUUGUUUUAUAAAAUUAAAAAUAUUCUUAAAUAUCUGUGGUGUUUCAUAAUGACAUAAUGUUUCAUAAUCACCAAUACCUCUUACCCACCCUUUUAUAGCUUACGUACAUAUUAUCCAAUAAAUGGAUACCUGCUCUCUCCAAAUUUAAAGCCAAUGCCCACAGCCUGUACCACCAUUGUUCUGCUUGGGUACAUGUUUUUCCUUUAGCUUCCCAGUAUUUUACACUUGAAACUACACCCAGUCUAAGACAACUUCAUCUACAUAUUGUUGCCACUGCUUAAUUUAUGACAUCAUUCCUGUGGUACCCACAUUCUGCUUUAACUUGUUUCAUCUGUGAUUAUAUUUUAGAGUAGCAAAUUUGUGAUUACAUAAGUAAGGUGUGUCUGCACAAUUGAGAUUUUAUUCUCAGAUUCUAAAUUGUCAAUAAAUCUAAUGACAUAUCUUGCCGGAUUUUCAUCAUUCCUUCUCACCCCCGAUGAUUAUAGUUGAUGUGCUGCACGUUUUAGGUCAGUCUUUAAAAUUUAUUGUAACAGAAGAUUUUCUUUAGACUUUUUAAAAAGUCCUUUUUAGAUAAAUCACUACUUGAGUGAUUUGGUAAUUUAGUGAUCACUUGUUUAAGUGGCCAUUCAUAUCUAAUGGUAGGUGAGAUUCUUGUCCUCAUUGCAGAGGAAUGCUGGGAUGGUGACUAGCAGCCUCUCAAUCUUAACUCUCCACCUCCUUUUCUCCUCCCUGUGAAGGUACAAUAAGACUUAACCACUAUCCACUGGCUCUGUUCCAAAGAGGUAAAUACUCCAGAAUGUCGUACUUGGUGUACAGACCAUGAAAAAUUUUGGGGGCUCUAGGGAAAAUAUUACACAAUUCUGAUUGUCUCAGAGAAAUUAAAUGCUUUAACCACUGUACUGUCAUCCUAUCUUAAAUAUGAUUAUUUUAAAUAGUUUUUUAGAGCAAUGUAACCUAAGCUCAGUUGCCAUAAGGCUUGAGUUUUGGAAGCAAUAUGGACAGACCUAAAUUUUGUUUACACUUAUUAUAUGGGUAAUAAUUUGAUACUUUUGUAAUAAAAUCAUGUAAUUCUA